CUCAACGCAACGGCCGAGCGGCCAGGCCGACGCAUACGUUAGCUGCUCGCCUGCUCUCGCUGCCUGUGUAGCGUAGGCAAGGCAACAGCAUCCCCAUCCCCCAACCUGCUGCCGGCAGCGGCGGACACGCUCUCCGCGUUCACUUCAUCACUCGCCUCCUAUCGGUUCCCCGUGCCGGUCAAGAGCUGGCAGGGAGGUCAAGCGCUCGCUGCUACCAUCAGAGGGGCCAGAGAGGGGAAGCGAGAUAAGACUCCACUCCUAUAUGCAUUCGCUGUUGGUUGGACCACUGCUUCGGUGUGGCGUGGGCGCGGUGGGUGGCUGCAGCUCGGUUCGUUCUUCGUUCUCGGCCCACUCCAGCCGGUCCUCGGAGGAGAUCGAGCAGAGGAGGAGGAGCUGAGCGGCGGGGAGCGAUGGCAGGCGGAGGGGUGGCGGCGCUGGGGGUGCACACGGAGCGCGCGGCGCAGUACAAGGGCCGCAUGACGCUCGCCGUCGCCAUGACCAGCCUCGUCGCCGCCGUCGGGGGCGCCAUCUUCGGCUACGACAUCGGCAUCUCCGGGGGAGUGACCUCCAUGGACCCAUUUCUGGAGAAGUUCUUCCCGGCGGUGUUCCGGAGGAAGAACUCCGGCAGCCAGAACAACUACUGCAAGUACGACAACCAGGGCCUGGCGGCGUUCACCUCCUCGCUCUACCUCGCCGGCCUCGUCGCGUCCCUCGCGGCGUCCCCCGUCACCAGGAACUACGGCCGCAAAGCCAGCAUUGUCUGCGGCGGCGUCAGCUUCCUCGUCGGCGCCACGCUCAACGUCGCCGCCGUGAACCUGGCCAUGCUCAUCCUCGGCCGCAUCAUGCUCGGCGUCGGCAUCGGUUUCGGCAACCAGGCUGUGCCGCUGUACCUGUCGGAGAUGGCGCCGGCGCACCUCCGCGGCGGGCUGAACAUGAUGUUCCAGCUCGCGACGACGCUGGGCAUCUUCACGGCGAACCUGAUCAACUACGGCACGCAGAACAUCAAGCCGUGGGGGUGGCGCCUGUCGCUCGGGCUGGCCGCGGCGCCGGCGCUGCUGAUGACCCUGGGCGGGCUGCUCCUCCCGGAGACGCCCAACAGCCUCAUCGAGCGCGGGCGCGUCGAGGAGGGCCGGCGCGUGCUGGAGCGCAUCCGCGGCACCGCCGACGUGGACGCCGAGUUCACGGACAUGGUGGAGGCGAGCGAGCUGGCCAACACCAUCGAGCACCCGUUCCGGAACAUCCUGGAGCGGCGCAACCGGCCGCAGCUGGUGAUGGCCGUGUGCAUGCCGGCGUUCCAGAUCCUGACGGGCAUCAACUCCAUCCUCUUCUACGCGCCGGUCCUGUUCCAGAGCAUGGGCUUCGGCGGGAACGCGUCCCUCUACUCCUCCGUGCUCACCGGCGCCGUGCUCUUCUCCUCCACGCUCAUCUCCAUCGGCACCGUCGACCGCCUCGGCCGCCGGAAGCUCCUCAUCAGCGGCGGGAUCCAGAUGAUCGUCUGCCAGGUGAUCGUUGCGGUGAUCCUGGGCGUGAAGUUCGGGGUGGACAAGCAGCUGUCCCGGAGCUACUCGAUCGCAGUGGUGGUGGUGAUCUGCCUGUUCGUGCUGGCGUUCGGGUGGUCGUGGGGGCCUCUAGGGUGGACGGUGCCGAGCGAGAUCUUCCCGCUGGAGACGCGGUCGGCGGGGCAGAGCAUCACGGUGGCCGUGAACCUGCUCUUCACCUUCGCCAUCGCGCAGGCGUUCCUGUCGAUGCUGUGCGCCUUCAAGUUCGGCAUCUUCCUCUUCUUCGCCGGGUGGAUCACCGUCAUGACCGUCUUCGUGUACGUCUUCCUCCCCGAGACCAAGGGCGUGCCCAUCGAGGAGAUGGUGCUGCUCUGGCGCAAGCACUGGUUCUGGAAGAAGGUCAUGCCGGAGAUGCCGCUCGAGGACGGCUGGGGCGCAGCCGAGGGCAACGCUGCGCCUGCCAGCAAGAAUCACAAGUGAAAACCACUAGAUGACGAGGCAGAGUGAGUUUUAGGAGGAUGUUUACUGUAUCCAGCUUAUGUGAAAAGUUGUUUGUAGUUUUUAUGGUGGUGUGCAUGCUUGUGCGUGGCGACAGCGGUAAAAGUGCAAACGUCUUCAGUUAUUCUUUUUCUCCUCACCUA